AUGGAUAAAGAGAAGGAAAUAGAAUCAGAAAGUGCACAACAGGGAGAUAAAGGAAAGAAGGGAGAAGGCGAAGGCGAGAAGAAAGCGAGAGGCAGACCAACGAAGGCGGAGGAGUUAGCCAAAUUAAGAAGAACGGACAGUACAGGAUCGGUCAAGGAAUUCUUUCAGAAGAGUGAGAAAAGGAAGAGGGAAGAAGAGGUGGAGGAAGCAGCGAAUGCGGAGAAAGAAAUUCUAAGAGAAUUUAACGCACAAAAAAGGGUCAACAGAUCACCGCCGCCCAAAAUCAAAAAAGAAAAGCAGGGAAAAGAAAAUAUGGCGACGGAAGAAUUACUGGAGAAGGGACUGAGGGAGGAAUUGAGGAGAAGCGAGGAGAUAUGGGAAAAUCAAAGAAAGACCCUGGAAGGAAGAAUUAAGAAUUUAGAGGAGAAGGCGGAGAAGAUAGAAGUAAACAUGUCAAUGAAUAAGAAAGAAAAAAAGAAGGAUAAAGAAUGGUUAAGCAUGAUGAACGAGAGAAGGAGGGAAGAGAUACAAGAAAGAAGACAGGAAAGGUCCAAGGAGAUAGAAGAAAGGCGGAACACACCUAAAGAAACCAGAAAGGACGAAAAAAGUAUAAAGGAGGUAGAUGAGAAAAAUAUUAGAGAAAACGGAAUAAGGGAAGUCGAGGGACAAGAGAAAAGAUAUAUAGGAGAAGAGGAAAGAAACGACGGGGAGAGUGAAGAGACGUGGAAAGUGGCCUUUUGGAACGUAGCUGGUUUAACAAACAAGGAUAAGGACUUCUGGGAAGGGAUAAAAGAAUGGGAUGUGAUUGUGAUGAUGGAGACUUGGACUGAUGAGAAAGGAUGGGAGAAGGUGAAGGAGAAGCUACCGAGAGAAUAUAGAUGGAGAGUACAGACAGCAGCCAGGAGGAACAAGAAAGGCAGAGCGUGCGGAGGCAUGUUGCUAGGAAUAAGGAAAAGCAUAGAAGAGAUAAAGGAAAGAAGGGAGACGGAGGAAGAAGGAAAAAUCGAAGGUAAGAUAAGAAUAGGAAAGGAAGUAUGGAGAAUAAUAGGAAUCUAUGUAAACAACAAUAUAGACGAAAAACUAGAAGGUCUGAAGGAAAGGACGGAGGAGGGGGAAAAAGGAGUAAGGACCAUAAUAGGAGGUGACUUUAACGCGAGAACGGGAGAGGAAGGAGGAUGGGAAGAGGAAAUCGAGCGAAGAGAGGAAAGAGGGAGGAAGUCUAAAGAUAAGAAGAUAAAUAAAGAAGGCAGAAAGUUACUGGAGUUUAUCGAGGAGAGAGGAUAUAUGAUAUUAAAUGGAGGCACAAAGGGGGACGAGGAGGGAGAAUAUACAUACACAGGGGGAAGAGGUGAGACAGUCAUAGAUUACAUAAUAGGGGACGAGGAGGUUAGAGAAAAGGUGGAAAGACUGGAAGUAGGAGAAAGGAUAGAUUCGGACCAUCAUCCAUUAAUACUAUAG